UUACCACAACCUUUUAUAGAACCGUUCAAAUAUUAAGGCAGUUUAUUAGCAGGCCUACUCAAAACUCCUACCAUGACGUCUCAUAAGGUGAACGGUUUAAGCUGAAUGAUGAACGGUUAUUUUGUCUAUGGCUCAAUGUGGAGAUGUCAAUAAAGAAACGUUCAAACCUCUAAUAAAAAUAAUAAUACCAUAAUAAUACAAUAAUAAUAUAAUUAAAGAUAACAAAUACUUAUAAAUUUAAUUAAAUAUGAAGUUAACCUAAAUUUUUCUGAAUUGCAAUGCAUUGUUGCACGCUAUAAAAUACUUUUAUUUGUAUAAAUUAAAUAAAUGUUAGUUUAAAAUGGUUUUGAACGAAUCGGCCUGUCACAUUAAUUUAAAGUAGGUAGGUACCUGCUAGAAUACUUGAGUGAUACUUGAAAGUUUUCGAUAACUUUAAAUUCGUCCCUAAGUCAUAAAUAAUGUUUUUAAUGUGUAGAGCCGUUCUGCAACCACUUGAAAUAUCCUUUUUUUACUUGUCACGGCUUUUUAAGUCGACGCGCCUUACCUCACAACAGUUUUAGAAGUUUGCCGGAUCGCAGUGAUUUUUAGUAUUCUUAACUUUAGAGGCUAUUAUUUAUUUUACAAGAAAACUAUAUAAUGUCGUAAGUAGAAAGUAUUUACUUAUAAUACCAAGUACUGGGUGGACCUGAAGGCCAAAAUAAAACGUAAAAAUAGAACAAUUCGAGAGAGCAUCAGCAGGACAGGAGGGGGCCCGCCAAGUGGGGAAGAGCUAACAGAAAUUGACAUAAAAUUUUUAAGUAUCCUUGGUGAGGAAUAUGGCAUGGGUUUACAAGCGGUGCAGAUGAUAUGAGACCUGAAGCUGGCCCCUCUGGCAUUCGAGGUAUUGAAGUCAAAUCCAUUACAGAAGAAUGGUUAGAAGUUCCUUCUAGUGUAUCUCAAACUGUUAGUUCUAUCGAGGCAGAUUCUCUACCUGCAGAUGUAGAAAUUACUACUGCAUCAUCAGAUCCUUCACAAAGCCACGCAGCAGCUGUCUCUGAUGAGGCUGUCGGCGUCGAAGUACCUAGUGUGGUACAGGCUGAAGCCCCGCCACAACCUAGGCGACGGUGCGGACGUGCUCAUUUAACAGCUGCAGAAGCAAGGGUGCAAAUAGUUGAAGCUGCACGACAGAGGGCUGCUACUGAAGCUGCCAAAUUCAUCAAAAUUGGUACGGCGAAGAGCCCAGAGACGUGCCACAAGAUCCCGCCGUGUAGAUAUACCACGUUGAAGCUCAAUGUUGUGUUGCCCAGCUGGUUCAUGAAGAGCUUCCACUGGUGGUUGUUGUGCAACUUCCCUUGCUUGCUCUUCUUCUGUCAACCUUACUUCAGGCAAGUUGUUUUCAUUACAAAUAUUGUGCAAUAUUACACAAGCAUUUGUAAUGAAGCCAGCAACCUGUGGUUGAUAAUGCAACACCCUGUGGCACAACAGACACCGGAAACGUGCUUUGAGAAGACCUAUAGUUCUUUCUAUCACAUUCCUAGCCUUUACAUGCAUUUGUGUAUAAUAUGCUUCCGGUGUAGACACAUCGGAAGCACAUAUAACCAGACGGUUCUGCAUCCAAAAUAGGUGUCAUCAUCGUUCUUCAUUGUGAGUACCCAGAGUCACCUGGAAAUAAACAUUAUAACUCUGUUAUUUUUUUAUUUUAUUUGAACAUUCAUAUUUUAUAUAAAUUUAAUGAUACAUUUUUAUUUUAAAAUUGUAUCCUACAAAUAUUUUUGACUUUUAAAAUUUUAUUUCAUGUUUUUAAUUGGUCUAGUUUUAAUUGAAAGUGUGUUAAAAAUAUAUCUUUCAAACAAUA